UCGAGCCUCUGUUGGGACGUGUCCUUCGCUCUCCCCACCUCCCGCUACGACCUCGGUUUCGCCACGGAACCCUUGCAUGCCCGUCACUAGGCAGGAAGCGGGCAGCUGCCGGGUGUCGUUGGAGCCGCGCAGCUCUGGCGGGGCAGGUCUUCUCUGUUGGUUGAAAUGUCUAUGAUUUUAUCUGCUUCAGUCAUCCGUGUCAGAGAUGGAUUGCCACUUUCUGCUUCAACUGACUAUGAUCAAGGCACAGGCGUGCAGGAGUGUAGAAAGUAUUUUAAAAUGCUCUCAAGGAAGCUUGCUCAACUUCCUGAUAGAUGUACACUGAAAACUGGACAUUAUAACAUUAAUUUUAUUAGCUCUCUGGGAGUGAGCUACAUGAUGUUGUGCACUGAAAAUUAUCCAAAUGUUCUGGCCUUCUCUUUCCUGGAUGAGCUUCAGAAGGAGUUCAUUACUACUUAUAACAUGAUGAAGACAAAUACUGCUGUCAGACCAUACUGUUUCAUUGAAUUUGAUAACUUCAUUCAGAGGACCAAGCAACGAUAUAAUAAUCCCAGGUCUCUUUCAACAAAGAUUAAUCUGUCUGACAUGCAGACAGAAAUCAAGUUGAGGCCCCCUUAUCAAAUUUCCAUGUGUGACCUGGGGUCAGCCAAUGGAGUCACAUCUGCAUUUUCUGUUGACUAUAAAGGUGCUGGUAAGAUUUCUUCUGCUCACCAGAGAUUGGAACCCGCAACUCUGUCAGGAAUUGUGGCAUUUAUCCUUAGUCUUUUAUGUGGAGCUCUGAAUUUAAUCCGAGGUUUUCAUGCUAUAGAGAGUCUCCUGCAGAGUGAUGGUGAGGAUUUUAAUUACAUUGUUGCAUUUUUUCUUGGAACAGCAGCCUGCCUUUACCAGUGUUAUUUACUUGUCUACUACACCAGCUGGCGGAAUGUCAAAUCUUUUUUGACUCUUGGCUUAAUCUGUCUAUGUAACAUGUAUCUCUAUGAACUGCGAAACCUCUGGCAGCUUUUUUUUCACGUGACUGUAGGAGCAUUUGUCACACUACAGAUCUGGCUAAGGCAAGCCCAGGGCAAGGCUCCUGAUUAUGAUGUUUGACAACCAUCUUUCAGACACAAUGCCUCAGCUUCAGGGGGAAAAGGAAGGGAGUGUAUCUUAACUGCCACUGUGAUGAAGAAACUAUUCUCCACAAACGAGAAGCUCUUCAUUUUCUUCAGCUAUCCCUUUUGUUUUAAGUCGGCAUGGCAUGCCUGUGAGCAUGCAAUACCUGUUAGGCAAACUACUCUCAGAAGAAUGCUGGCCGAGAGAUUAUUCAUAAGAAGAAUAGAAGUCCUCUCUGCAAGGCCAUACAGUGGAAAGACAGUCAUACACCAUUGGAAGACUUGCCAGUAGUCCUGAACCCUUGCUGAAAAGUCCAGUUAAAAAAAAAAACAAAAACAAACAACAUAAGCUACUUUCUUACUCUGAGGACCAACAGGAACUUUGUAACCUGGGGUUGUCUUUGUGAGGCAUUAGUGUAGACCAAAUAAAAAAGAUGCUGUAACCAAUUGGACAGUUAUAUUUAAAACAAGUGACUUGCUAAAUGUCAAAUUACUUGCACAUGUAACCAUGUUCAGGAUGGUGUGGAAUUUUUUCCUUUUGUAUUUUUGCUUGACUCUUAAUUUGAAACCACCUGAUACAGGAGAAAGCUUUGGUGAGCUCACCCCUGGAACAUCACAAGUAUUGGAAAUACAGUGACAUAUUUCCUUUCUAGACCAUACGUGUAGUUUUCUUAUCAGUUAAAAGGUACGAUUCAUUAGAUGGUAGCCAUCGUUUUCCAAACCUCAGUCACUUAAGUACUUAAUGUACUAUUAUUUACUUACCUUUUACCUUAAAAACAUUUUUAAAAGUACCAAAUCUCUACUUCAAACAGAAAAUCACUAUCAGUUUACCACAAAUAAAAGCUAACUACAAAGUAAAUUACUAUUAAUAUGUAACAGUAAAUUCUAGCAAGACACUAAUGCCUGCUCUGAAUCUAAGAGACCUGUUCCCUUUUUUUUUUUUUUUUUCUGCAGUGAGAAAGAUGUUACCCAGCACCAAAACAGGUCUCUGUGCAAUUAUCAGAAUCAUAAGAGAAAUUUGUAAAGGGAAUGACAGUCUCACUGUGAUUUUUCACUAUUUAAUUCUGUUGCGUAGUAUCUAAAGUUAUCUUGUGUAUCACCAGUGAUAUAGGUCUUGUGCAACACUGAACUGCUUUAAUAAAAUCAGGUGACUUUUCUUUCAGCAACUUAUUGGGUUGUCAUAAAAGUCAUGAUGUGUUUUUCUACACAAAAAAGAGUCUUGACUUUUCAGACAGCCCAAUAUUUUAUUAUGGCAUUGAGCAAUUAAGUGGUCUAGUAUCUAACAUGAAGAUUGUUCAAAUUGUUAUGAACUGAUAAGAGAAAGUACAGAGUUUGAUUCUGUUAGCAAAGCUUACAACUCUUCUAGGUUUGGAAGUGACCUUCAUGAAUUACUUUUUUUUUUUUUAAGAAGAGUUCCAAAUAAUAAGGUACUAAAAUUUUGCAUCCAGAAAAAAGGUGGACACAUUAUAUACUGUUCAUUUUACUUGACAAUAUUGAGUAAAAGAGAUAACAGGGAUAAAUUAAUUGUACAUCCCUAUUUGUCUGAACCAAUGCAUGUAGGUGUGUCUGUACUCAUAAAACCUUGCUAAGCUAGAACUGUUUUUUUUUUUUUUUUUUUCCUGCAUUUCCCUUUCAGGAGAAAGAGGCAAAAAAGAAGACAGUAAACUGAUACAUGAUGAUAUGGUAUCAGGGACUUAUUUGAAACAAGAAACUCUAGUUGAUUACAGUUUCCUCAUCCCAACAAAACUACACAGAAACUGUGUAUAUUAUUAGAGAUACCCCAAGUAUACCACAUUUUUCUGAAUCAUCAAAAUAAAACUUUUCUAUGUUUGGCA